GAUUGGUCUGCGAUUAUGUUAUCACUGUACCAAAGGGCUACGUAGUUUCAAUCUUAUUCUCUGUUUUCAAUGUCUCGAAUUCAUGCGAAGAUUACGUGACUAUUCAUGAUGGUGGAAAUGCUUCAGCUCGAAAGAUAUCUAAACUCUGCAGAUCGUCAUCAGUGCAUCAAUCAACUGGCAACGUGAUGACUGUGAGAUUCUUCUCUGCAAAUGACAGCGAUGGCUCGAAGGGGUUUAAAGCAACUUACAGAGCGCUAGCAUUCGACAAAUCCAUCGGACCUUCACCACAUUUCCAAACAACGAGAGUCACAUUUAUAACACAUACAAUGGCCUUGCAGUCUCUUUCCACGCCGUUGUUGAAUGUCUCCGCAAACAGAGUAAUACCAAUCUCAUCUUAUAUCAACCCAUCAUCAACUGUCGCUCUAAUUGUACCAACAACAGUACAGAAAAAGCCGUUCAUGCCAUUAUAUCUUGGUGGAACGUUUCAAGUCAGGCGAGAUGUUACUCUCGUAGGUCAUGUCAUAAAGAGAACAACAACUCCAAGUGCUCCAGUGUGUAUUUURAAAUGUCAACAAAUCGUCACCUGUGAAUCGGCUACAUUUGUUCUUAUGGGUGGAGUGGGUGGGGGAUAUUGCACACUCCAUGCAACGAGCCUGCAGCUUCAACCUGAAUACGSUCAACGGCUUGAUGGUGCCUUGUAUUAUGAAAGUAUCAUAGAGCAAAAAUACUAAAGGUUAUGAUUUCCAUUGACAUUUUGACAUCAUUUUGUCAUCUUCCGGUUUUGCCAUGAUUGGCCAUCAUCUUGCUGGCACCAUAUUGCUACCAUCUUCGGUCCUCAUCUUGCUAUCACCUCAUGCAAUCUUCUUGCUAUCAUCUUGCUACCAUCUUGCCACAUGUCAUUCUUGCCAUCAUCUUGCUGUUACCUUCCAAUCUUCUUGCAAUCCAUUUUGCUACCAUCUUGCCACAUUUCAUUCUUGCCAUCAUCUUGCUGUUACCUUCCAAUCUUCUUGCAAUCAUUUUGCUGUCAUUUUGUCACCAUAUUGCUGUUAUUUUGCAAUCUUCUUGCAAUCAUCUUACCACCAUCUUACCACCAUCUUUCUGUCAUUGGUCACAAUCUUGGCAUAAUCUUACUACCAGCUUGCCAUCAUCUUACCACCAUCUUGCAAUAAUCUUGCUGUCAUCUUGUCACCAAAUUGCUGUUAUUCUGCAAUCUUUUUGUAAUCAUCUUGCAGUCAGUAUUGCUAUCAACUUACUGCCAUGUUGCUAUCAUAUGUCUUCUUGUCAUCUUGACACCAUCUUGGAAUCAUCUUGCCAUCAUCUUGCUCUCAUCUUGCCACCAUCUUGCUCUCUUCUUGCAAUAAUUUUGCCACCAUCUUAUAAUCAAUUACCAUCUUAUAAUCAACUACCAUCUUGCGACCAUCCUGCAAUCACCUUCAUAUUAUUUUGGCCCAUAUCUMAGUCAUUUUAAUGUUAUCUCAGUCGUUAUCAUGAUACUUGUACGAAUACCAAAAUAAACAAU